UUCGUUUUUGCUGUUGGAGAUAGUAGAAAUCGUCGAAACCAGUUUUCCAUUUUUAGAGAGAGAAAAUAGAGAGAGGAGAGAGAUGAAGAUCACGGCGUUGUUGGUGUUGAAAUGCAACCCGGAAGGAUCUGAUCCGACGAUACUGGCAAACGCGUCGGACGUGACCCGUUUUGGGUACUUCCAGAGGCCGAGCGUCAGGGAAUUCAUCGUCUUCGUGGGUCGGACCGUCGGAAAACGGACCCCACCCGGCCAACGUCAAUCUGUUCAACACGAAGAAUACAAAGUACAUUCGUACAACAGAAAUGGCCUUUGUACAGUGGGCUUCAUGGAUGAUCACUACCCAGUCCGAAGUGCAUUUUCUCUUCUUAACAAGAUUCGAUGGCCAGAAGGCGAGGAAAAGAAAAAAGGAAAAAAUCACAUUGAUCAUGAUUCCUGGCCAACGUAUUUUGGUUGUACCAACCCCUAAUCACAUUAGUUGGGCUUCCAAAUUGUGGGUUAGAAUUCCAAUUUAUCCCUUUGUUCGUACUUUGUUCCUUCUAGUGUUCUAAAAACAAUGGCCGUCAAUAUAAUGGAUUUGGUAGGCUGUGAUCCUGCUACAGGCCACCAUAACUAGACUGAAGGUCAUUUGCGUAAUGGCUUGUUAUGGUGCCGUAAUGGUUAAUCCAUGCUUUGAAAUUUUGAAAGCCUUUUUUAUGUUUAUUUAUUUAUUUUUCAUUUUUUAUGGUUAUUUUUAGCUCCAAAUGUUCUAAA